AUGGUUUUCACGCUGCCGCCAAUCACCCUCAAACUCAACAUGUAUUCGAAAAAGAAGGUUGAUAAUCCGGCACCUGCCACGCGGACUAGCAAAUGGUUGAGGUUUCCAAAAUCACAGGUGGCACCAACGCCUACACCUGCCAAUCCUGUGGUCAGUAUGGAGACACCUCAGACUAUGGAUAAGUCAGUGUCAUCAAGUUCUAUGGGUAUGAGAAACAAGGUGACGCCAAUGGCUGUCAUACACGAGGGUGAAUACGAAGGCGGUCAAGAGGUGGAACCAACCAUGAUAUCUGAGGCAUCUGAUGAAAGCAAGCGAGGUUCUCCACGGAAAAAUGGUCAAGAUGACGUAUUUAGGUUUGAAAGUAUAGUGAUCGAUAAUGGGAGGAGCCCCCGUAAUGCAAGUGGUAUGGCGUCACCUAGAUCGAGUGACAAGCGUGAAGAUUGUAGCGGCAACUUCAUUGAUACUUUCAAAACGCUUGUUGAUAUAACAUCAUUUGGCAACAGUGACGAGGUACGAUCUUUGUCUAAUUCUACUUCUGGUAGUGACGAGGAAGAUGGUAACGGGUUCUCAAUAGUUGAGCCAAUACGCGACGCAACAUACAACAUCUUAAAUUCAUCAUCUAACUUCAUACGGGAUAUCUCCAUUGACAAUAGACCAUUCAUUUAUGGAGGCGUCAACUACGGACCAGUGAUCCGAACCAACUCGUCUAGGGCAAGCAUGGGCAGUACAGGGAGCAACAGAACGUUAUCACGGAAUAAUAGCGCCAACGAUUCAGAAGGUUCUUGGAAUAUUAUGGAAUUGGCUAAAUGGUUAUGA